AAUCUUCAUUUAUUGACAGAUCUGCAUUCACUGAUGAUAGUGAACUCAAUGUUGAAUCAUUGAUUGAGAACUUGAAGAAUGUAAUAAUGAAGAAAUUGUCUGUGUUAUAUGUGACUGAGUCUUCUGUAUCUCUUCUUGCCUCUUCUGUCACUUCUUUCUCUGCUGCUUCUCUCUCUGUUCCUUUCUCUGCUACUUCUCAAUCUUCUACACUUGUCUCUGUGUCUGGUUCUCCUGCUCUCACUACUUCUGUUCCCGCGACCCUCACUCCUGCUACUUCUGCUCUCAUCACUGCCUUCAUUACUAGCUCUUCUCAUUUCAAGGAGAUGUUGUAUAGGCUCAGUGAAUUACAUUUCUCAGUGAAAGAUAUCCAUGUUUUCAGAAACAGGAACACAGAUGUCAUACUCUUUUACACUCACAGGUAUGAGGCUU